AUGUUGCGCUCCAAUAUAGUGAGAGCAGACGAACAGGUCGACAUCCUCAUAAUCGGCUCCGGCGCAGGCGGUUUAACGGCUGCCCUCCGCGCCAGAACCCUCGGCCUUAAUCCAGUCGUCAUCGAAAAGGAAGCAGCACUCGGCGGCGCUUCGGUAAUCUCAGGCGGAGGCCUUUGGAUCCCAGCAAACCCAAUAUCCAAAGCCGCAGGCAUAUCUGACUCCAAAGAAGAUGCCCUCGCGUACUUUGAUCAAGCCGUAGGGGACGUUGGGCCCGUCUCGUCGUUGGCGAAGCGCAAGGCGUAUCUAGAGAAUGGGCCACGGAUGAUUAGCUUUCUGAGGGAUCUUGGUUUCGAAUGGAGGUUUAGUAGGGGGUAUCCGGACUACUACCCCAAGAUGAAGGGCGCCAUGGGGAAAGGAGGCGGAAGGACUAUCGAGUCCGUGGCGUUUGAUACCAGGAAGCUGGGGAGAUGGCAAGACGCACUGCCGCCCGCGAAUAUACCGGUGGCAAUCCACGGCGAACAGGCACCGUGGAUCACAAUGAUGACGGCUUCUCUGCAAGCCUUCAUCAAGUCGACUCGCAUCAUGCUACCCAUCAUCAGCAAAACCAUUCUCGGACAGAAACUCGUCAGCCUAGGCCGCGGGCUCGUCGCCCAGCUUUUGUAUCUCAACAUCAAACAAUCAACCGACAUCCGCCUACGCACCUCCCUCCUAGACCUCACACUCUCCCACGCGGGAAAAGUGACCGGCGCAAAAGUCAAACUCCCCGACGGAACCACCAAAACCAUCAAGGCUUCCCGGGCCGUCAUCCUCGCAGCAGGCGGCUUCGCGCACAACAAACCCCUCCGCGAAAAGUACGGCCCAGCCCCAGCCAGCACGUCGUGGACCAACUCGCCCAAGAGCGACACAGGCGACGCAGUCAUCGCGGGGCAGAAACUCGGCGCAGCGACGGCGUUGAUGGAUGAUGCGUGGUGGGGGCCAACCAUCUUCGACCCCGUGACGGGGAAACCUCACUUUGCGCUGAUAGAGCGGUCUCGACCGCACUGUAUCAUUGUUGACAACGCGGGAAAGAGGUUCAUGAAUGAGGCGCAGUCAUAUACGGAUGCUGGACACGACCAGUAUGAAAGGAACAAGUCUAUAAAGGCGAUUCCAGCGUGGUUGAUCAUGGACACCAACCACCGGAACAGAUACAUGCUCGGCACCGAGCUCUUCGCGAGAAUGAAGCCCAAGAAGCCGGUGGCGAAUGGAACAAUGUUCGCGGCAAGGACUCUCCGAGACUUGGCGAAACAGAUUGGAGUCGACGCCGAAGGUCUGGAAGGUACCAUCACGAGAUACAACGACAUGUGCAAGAGUGGCAUUGACGCAGACUUUGGAAAGGGCGACAACGCAUACGAUAAUUUCUUCGGUGAUCCUGUCGCUGGCGGACCGAACCCAAACAUAGGAGCAUUGAGCAAAGCACCGUUCUAUGCCAUCGCCAUCUGGCCAGGCGACUUGGGCACCAAGGGGGGACUCUUGACUGAUGAGCAUCAGAGGGUACUGAAGGAGGAUGGCGAGGUGAUUCCUGGGCUGUAUGCUAUUGGUAACACGGCGGCGAGCAUCAUGGGACGGACUUAUCUGGGAGCCGGGUCGACUUUGGGUCCUGCAAUGACGCAUGGCUUCCUUGCCAUCAAUCACAUCGCCGAAACCUGA